AAAGAGCGACUACAGCUAACCAGGAAGCACGGAAGCGGUAGCAGCGGCAGAGCAGGAGCAGCUGGUGUGCCGGUGAUUAAAGAGUUCUCAUAGCCUUUUUGCUGUGCUCGGUCCGCUCCCUGGUGUAAUUCUCGUGUCCAAGAAGGAAGCUGCAUUUUAACGGUGUGCUGAACAGAGGUUUGAAUCAUUCCAGCUGGCUGCUUGUUUUGAAAAGGACGAUGUGUGUAUAAAUAAAGAGAGACUCUGCUGGAAGAGUUCAGAUGCUAGGACUGGAGCUAAAGAGUGCUCUCGGAAUAUUGUUGAGGCAGAUUGUGUGAACUGAAAGCUCCUUCUAAUUAACCUGGAGCCAAGUGAAUCUGAAUACUGGAUGUCUCAUUCUCUAACUCGGAAUAAAUUCAAGUUAGGAAAAGAAAAAAAAAUUGAAAUGCUUCUCUAGGUAAUGUUUAAAGGAUUCUACAGCAAUCUUUGGUAUUGGACAUAUUCAAAAUCUCUUCCACAUUUGCGCUCCUGGUACAUUACCUUCCAACUUUAACUUGCUUGUGAUCCCUCCAAACAUUUUACAUGGUUUGCAAUGGUUACAUGAACUUUUGGGAAGUGGUAUUUGCACCAUCUCAUACUUUAUUCACCAUGGCACUUUAGGAAAAGAAACUGGAGAAAGCUUCCAAAGCAGUAUUUUAAAAAAAUGAAUCUUAUUGUGAAGCUUCGGAGAAGUUUUCGAACAUUGAUUGUUCUCUUAGCUACCUUUUGCUUGGUGAGCAUUGUCAUCUCUGCCUAUUUCCUCUACUCUGGCUAUAAACAGGAAAUGACACUUAUUGAAACCACUGCAGAAGCAGAAUGUGCUGACAUCAAAAUUCUACCAUAUCGGUCAAUGGAGCUGAAAACAGUUAAACCUAUUGAUACGUCCAAAACUGCCCCUACUGUCCUCCUAUUUGUGGAAAGCCAAUACUCUCAACUCGGUCAAGAUAUCAUAGCUAUCUUGGAGUCCAGCCGAUAUCAGUACCACAUGGUCAUUGCCCCUGGCAAGGGAGAUAUACCUCCUCUUACAGAUAAUGGCAAAGGGAAGUAUAUUUUAGUUAUUUAUGAAAAUGUUCUGAAGUAUGUCAGCAUGGACUCAUGGAAUCGAGAGCUUUUAGAAAAAUACUGUGUGGAAUACAGUGUUAGUAUAAUCGGUUUUCAUAAAGCCAAUGAAAACAGCUUACCAAGUACACAAUUAAAAGGCUUUCCAUUAAACCUUUUCAAUAAUCUAGCUCUAAAGGACUGUUUUGUCAACCCUCAGUCUCCUUUGCUGCAUAUUACCAAAGCCCCCAAGGUUGAGAAAGGCCCUCUCCCUGGGGAAGACUGGACUAUUUUCCAAUAUAAUCAUUCAACCUACCAGCCUGUGCUUUUAACUGAAUUACAGACAGAAAAAUCCCUUUGGUCCUUGUCCAGCAAACCUCUCUAUGCGACAGUGAUUCAGGACCUGGGCCUUCAUGAUGGAAUUCAGAGAGUUCUUUUUGGCAACAACUUAAACUUUUGGCUACACAAGCUCAUCUUCAUAGAUGCCAUCUCCUUCUUGUCAGGGAAGAGGCUAACAUUGUCCCUGGACAGAUACAUCCUUGUGGACAUUGAUGAUAUCUUUGUUGGGAAGGAAGGAACAAGGAUGAAUGUCAAAGAUGUGAAGGCAUUACUAGAGACUCAAAAUUUACUGCGCACUCAGGUUGCAAAUUUUACCUUCAACCUUGGAUUUUCAGGGAAGUUUUACCACACAGGAACUGAAGAGGAAGAUGAAGGAGAUGACCUUUUGCUUCGGUCUGUGGAUGAGUUCUGGUGGUUUCCUCACAUGUGGAGCCACAUGCAGCCCCACCUCUUCCAUAACGAAUCCUCUUUGGUGGAGCAGAUGAUUCUCAACAAGGAAUUUGCACUGGAACAUGGAAUACCCAUCAACAUGGGCUAUGCGGUGGCGCCACAUCACUCAGGGGUCUACCCGGUUCAUAUUCAGCUGUACGUGGCUUGGAAGAAGGUCUGGGGUAUUCAGGUCACCAGCACUGAAGAGUAUCCACAUUUGAAACCUGCGCGGUACCGAAAGGGCUUCAUUCACAAUAGCAUCAUGGUCCUCCCUCGACAGACCUGCGGGUUGUUCACCCACACGAUUUUCUACAAAGAGUACCCAGGAGGACCCCAAGAAUUGGACAAAAGUAUCAGAGGAGGUGAACUGUUCCUCACAAUCCUUCUAAAUCCAAUCAGCAUUUUCAUGACCCAUUUGUCAAACUACGGGAAUGACCGCCUAGGGUUAUAUACCUUUGUGAAUUUGGCCAACUUCGUGCAGAGCUGGACCAACCUGAAGUUGCAAACUCUGCCUCCAGUGCAGCUAGCCCACAAGUACUUUGAGCUCUUCCCAGAGCAAAAAGAUCCUCUCUGGCAGAAUCCGUGCGAUGAUAAACGGCACAAAGACAUCUGGUCCAGAGAGAAAACUUGUGACCACUUACCAAAGUUCCUUGUAAUCGGGCCACAAAAAACAGGAACAACUGCACUUUAUCUAUUUCUUCUUAUGCACCCUUCCAUCAUCAGCAAUCUCCCCAGCCCCAAAACAUUUGAAGAAGUUCAAUUCUUUAAUGGGAACAACUAUCACAAGGGAAUUGACUGGUAUAUGGACUUUUUCCCUACUCCAUCCAAUGUUACGAGUGACUUCCUGUUUGAAAAGAGUGCCAAUUACUUCCAUUCGGAAGAAGCUCCCAAGAGAGCUGCAUCUCUGGUCCCCAAAGCCAAGAUCAUCACCAUCCUCAUCAACCCCUCAGACAGGGCAUACUCCUGGUACCAGCACCAACGAUCACAUGAAGAUCCAGCUGCCCUGAGGUUUAAUUUCUAUGAAGUUAUUACAACAGGACAUUGGGCCCCAUCUGACCUAAAGACUUUGCAGAGGAGAUGCCUAGUACCUGGAUGGUAUGCGGUCCACAUAGAAAGAUGGCUAACGUACUUUGCUACUUCUCAGUUGCUAAUUAUUGAUGGACAGCAGCUGAGAUCUGACCCAGCUACUGUGAUGGAUGAAGUCCAGAAGUUUCUGGGAGUUACACCUCAUUAUAAUUACUCUGAAGCACUAACGUUUGAUCCCCAGAAGGGCUUUUGGUGUCAACUACUGGAAGGAGGAAAGACCAAAUGCCUUGGAAAAAGCAAAGGCCGAAAAUAUCCACCCAUGGAUCCAGAGUCUAGAACUUUCCUCUCUAAUUACUACCGAGAUCAUAAUGUGGAACUGUCCAAACUGCUGCAUAGACUGGGGCAGCCCCUGCCAUCCUGGCUGAGGCAGGAGUUGCAGAAAGUGAGGUAGCACCGGAGACAGGAACCAAGGCUCGCGAGAUGCUUACUUGAUUAUUCAAUAGAAAAACAGACCCCACGACUUUUAUCCCCUGAAUGCCCUUGUGAUUGUCAACAGAGGUCUGUGUGAAUAAAUUUCCUUCCAUCUUUUUCAUCAAAUGAAAACUGUUACAUAUGCACGCAUUGGCAAUUGCUAGCAUCAAACCCUGGCAGAGCUUUUGGGAAAUAGUAUGGGGUUUUGUGGCAUUAUCCAGUUUCCAGUGUGGGGCUCAUAACACAGCCAGUUCCUCUGCCAGCCUUAAGGUUUCAGAAACUGUGUGUAUGACUGAGAACCCUGAUGAUAUGCA